AUGAUACGCCUUAAUUAUAAUCAAAGCGAAGUGAGUUUCGAGAAUCGAGUCGAAACGAAUAAACAGAAUGAUGGCCAUCCAUUCUUUUCCUCCACACCUGGUCAAUGUUCACUGUUCAAACUAUGUCAAGAAUAUGUUCUCAGUCUAGGUUGGGAAAAGUGUUUUUUUGCACCUCAACACGAUCGAUGUUAUUGUAACAAUUGUUAUUCAUCUUCACAACCUGAUGUAAUCUUAACAGCUGGUGACACGUAUGUGGUACCACGUGAAUGGGCCGGCUUCGGUUUGAGCGUCGAUCCAGCACUUGCCGAUUAUCAUAAACUAUGGACAGAAUGGAUUGUGACAUACCACGGUACAAGCAUAUAUGCAGCCCAAUCUAUUCUAGCCAAUCGUCAAUUUCUCAUACCAGGCGACGUACUAUUGAAUGGAAGUGUACUUGGCAUACGACCAGGUCAUAUUCCUGGUAAAAAACAUAUUUACACAUCACCAUCAAUUCGUUACUCCAGUUUGGACGUAUAUAGUAUCCGUAAUGAUUUUACUGCUUCAUCAGGGAAGAAGUAUAAAGCUCAACUAGUGUUACAAUGUCGUCAAAAGCCUGGAACAUUCAAAAUACAACCUGAAACAGUGGGACGAGGUCAAGACCCAAUUUGCGAUUUCAUUUCUAAUGAUAAAAUUGAGUAUUUCACCGAGAUUCGCGUAUCAUUGGUUCCGUAUCGAUUGCUUGUUAAUUUGAAAGACAUUUAA